AGAAGCAGCUGAGCGGGGGGGACGAAAGCGUUCCGUCUUUCUUAGAGGUGUGUCUUCACUUGGAGACCCUUUACAAAGUUCUUGAACUGUCACCAGCAUGUCUGAUCAAUCUGCCACCACAACCAACCCCUCUACCGCCCCAUCUGCACCUACCAAUCCCGAUGUCAAGGUGAGCAACCGUGGCCGCACCUCUGCUCCCAUUGCCAACACCAACUCGGCUGAAUAUGACAUCCCCGAGUUUGAGCUCUUUGGCGCGGUCGGACCAAGAGGACUUCCACCUAUGACUGAGUUCCUAGACGUCUGGGAUGUGGACAUGAUGAGGAAACGAGACGAGACCAACAAGGUUCUCCACCACACAGCCAUGUACCACUCUGAAUAUCUUAUCGUGCGCAGAGCACAAGAGUUCCAGAUCAAAAUCACCUUUAACCGUCCCUACGAUGCAAACAAGGACAAGAUUGCUGUGGAGUUUGUCAUCGGUGCCAGUCCUCAGUACAGCAAGAACACCUACAUCCCCGUUUUCCCCACUGAAGAGCGCCGGAGUCCUUGGCAGGGGCGCAUCAUCCAGACCUCUGACAACAUGCUCAUUAUGGGUAUCAUACCCACCGCCACCUGCAUUGUGGGCAAGUACCACAUGUACGUUGCUGUGGUGACCCCCUUCGGCAUCCGCAGGACCAAGCGGGAUAAAAGCCGCGAUGUCUACGUCCUCUUUAACCCCUGGGCAGCCGCUGAUGCCGUGUUUCUGGAUGAUGACACCGAGAGGGAGGAGUGCGUGAUGACCGAGACGGGAAUCAUCUACCAUGGCUCCCAUGAUGACGUUGCUGAGAGGCACUGGAACUAUGGACAGUUUAACUAUGGCGUCCUCGAUGCGUGCCUAUACAUCCUGGACAGGUCUGAGAUGCCCAUUGCCAACCGAGGAGAUCCCAUCAAGGUGGCCAGAAAGGCAUCUGCCAUGCUGGACAAUCGGGACGAUGGCGGUGUGCUGGUUGGGAACUGGAGUGGCAACUACACUUACGGGGUAGCGCCCACUGCCUGGACGGGCAGCACAGAGAUCCUCCUCACCUACGCAAACAGAAAGAUUCCAGUCUGCUACGCUCAGUGCUGGGUCUACGCCGGCGUCUUUAACAGCUUCCUGCGCUGCCUGGGAAUUCCAUCUCGAGUCGUCACCAACUUUGUCUCCGCCCAUGACAACGAUGGAAACCUGAAGACGGAUGUCAUCCUGGAUGACAACGGUCGCAUGGAUCGCAGCCGCACUCGGGACUCCAUCUGGAACUAUCACUGCUGGACUGAGUCCUACAUGUCCAGACCGGACCUCCCCGCCGGCUUUGGAGGUUGGCAGGUUGUGGAUGCAACACCGCAGGAGACCAGUGAUGGCAUGUACAGAUGCGGCCCAGCAUCAGUCCACGCCAUCAAACACGGUUACAUCUGCUACCCCUUUGACGCGCCCUUUGUAUUUGCUGAGGUGAACAGUGACAUGGUGUUUUAUUCCCGGAGGAGAGACGGAACCAUGGAAACAGUCAAGGUGAAUCGCUCCCAUGUCGGCCGCUUGGUUUUGACAAAAGCAGCCGGCACGCAGGACCGCCGUGACAUCACUGAGCAGUACAAGUUUCCUGAAGGCAGCGCUGAAGAACGCACGGUUCUGGAGAAAGCAGAGAUGUACAGCUGCCUAAGAGAGACGUCCAACCCUCCAAUUGCGGAUGUUGACCUUCUUCUGUCCAACUUGGAGGUCAGCCUGGGCAACGACUUCCAGUUGAGUCUGGAGUUUGUUAAUCGCAGCAACCAUCGGCGCACCGUGGAGGCCUAUAUCAGUGGCAGCGUGAUCUACUACACUGGCGUCACCAGCUCCGAGUUCUUGUUCACCACCCCCACCAUCAAGAUUGGGUCGGGCCAAAGUGUGAAGGAGUCUGUGAGCGUGGAGGCCAAGCAGUACAUGAAGCUGCUGGUGGAGCAGUCCAACUUGCACUUCAUCGUCACAGGGAAGGUCACUGAGACAGGCCACAUUGUCACCGCCAUGAAAGUCGUUCGUCUGCAUAAUCCCGUACUCAGCGUCAAGGUGUCAGGCCCCGCUGUGGUGAACGAGGAGAUGAUGGUAGUCGUGGAGUUUACCAACCCCUUCACCACCAGCCUUGAGGAUGUCAACAUUCGCAUGGAAGGAUCUGGAAUCAUGAUGCCUACGUCAAAGCACUACAGGCUCAUUACAGGAGGCUCCUCCAUCACUUGGAGCGAGUUCUUCAGCCCGCAGAGGGCGGGCACCAGCCGGCUGAUCGCCACCCUGGACUGUCCCACUCUCAGGCAGGUGCACGGGGAGGCCACGCUCACUGUGGAAGCCUGAGGAUGGACGUUCAAGCUGGGAAGUUGACUGCUUUAUCUGCAAGUUACAUUAAAACAAAUAAAAAAUGCAGUUUAAAUGCUUUAAUGCCACUUUGACAAUCCUCCAAUCUCAGCCAAAUAAAGGAUUGAAAGAC